AUGCAAGAAAGAUUCGCUAUAAUUCUUCUUUGGCUGGGAUUUUCGAUUCAAUCUUUAGCAUCGCAGGAUCAUCAUGAAAUUCCUAAAUACUUCUUAAGAAGCUUAGCUGGUCCCAAUAAUGGAAUUUACGACCCUCUAAAAAUUUCAUUAGAGGUCGAUGAAAGUUCUUUUCAAAAUACUCAGUCAGAUAAGGCUGUAAAAGAGGCUGCUGCUACAACAGCCUCAAUUUUUUUAGAUUUAGUACUUUCUCAACCUUCAAAAGAAGCUAUCAAGCUUGGAGAGAAAAUCCAAUGUGACGACUUUUUAAUUCGUCAAAUUGUAAAAAGUCAAGGAAUUAAUGCAGAUUUCGCCUGGCACAUCACUUACAGCAAUAAAUCUGAAAAAGAGAUGGCUACAAUAAAGAAAUGCGAAAAUGGCAGUCAACUUCUAGCCGUGUCGAUUGCGAUCAACUUAGAAAAAUUUUUAAAACUUGAAACCGUUUCUCAGGUAAAAUUUUUAUCCUCAGCUCUUGCAAAUAUCAUUUUCGAAGAUGAUCUAAUACGGAAUCAAUUGCUAAGUGAAAUCGAAGAUUACUUGCAACAUUUGACUGAAUAUUCAGCAUCAGAGUGCAUAACAAAUUGCUUUUCUUGCUUAUCAGAUACAAUAUGCUCAAUUUGCGAUACCAAUUAUUAUCUCAACGCCAAUGGCACUCAGUGUUGUCUAGUGAAAUCAUGUGGAACUUGUACUAAUCCCAAUCAGUGCGAUUCAUGCCCUAAUAGAUAUUAUUUAAGUAAUAAUGGACAAUGCUUACCAUGCCUUGAUCAAAAUUGUGCACAAUGCACUUCGACAGCUUGCACAGAAUGCUAUUCUGAAUUCUAUGUAACAGGAAAUGAAUACUGCAAUCAAUGCCCUCAAGGAUGUGCACUUUGUGAAGCUUCUGCUCCUAAAUAUAAUCCAGUAUGCAGUCAAUGCUGAGAUCCAGAAAAUUCUCACAUGGUAAAUGGCUUAUGUAGUUGCAUAAAGCCUAAUCAAGUUUAUAGUAUUGAUUGAGGUGAUAAAUGUGUUUGCAAUACUGGUUUUUAUCAAGAUUCUAAUGGAAAUUGCCAAACAUGUGGCCUUGGCUGUAUGUUCUGUUCAUCUGUAAGUCGGUGCCAAACUUGUUAUGACUUCAAUAAUAUGGCCAUUAAUGCUUAAAACCUUUUACUUAGAGUGUUUAGCGUUGCGUCUGGAUCUGCAGGAUGAUGAGACAAAGCCAUUCAAGCUUACCCAGUAUGAGCUAAUCUUCUAGCAUCACCAAGAAAAUCCUAAUAGCCUACAUUAUGGACUUAAAGACCAUCCUUAGCAAAUGAUGGCAAACCUCAAGAUCUCACAGGCAGCCUUGCCCUUCUUUAACUUGGACUUAGCGCGUAAUCAGCAUAAAAAUCACCUGCCUCAAAACCCUAUUGGAUUAGAGGUCUCACCUUAUCUGAUGAUAAUAUAUGGAUGCAUUCACCAAUUUUCUAACCCUAUAAAUAAAAUUCCACGAUGGUGAGAAUAUUAAUAAAGCUAAUUCUCUCACAUGCCAUUUUAUUUAUCAUGAGCAUUAAUUCAGAUGGAACCUGUUCUUGCACUAAUAGUUUUCUUCAUUUUGAUACAACUACUAAUACUUGCAGCUGUCCUAAUUCCCAAUACCUUAAUGAGCGCACCAACUUUUGUGAGCCUUGUCAAAUCGGUUGUGCCUCUUGCUACAGUCAAGCCAAUUGUUAUGAAUGUGUCAAUAACAAUAUUUUGACUAUACAAGGAGGAUAUUGCGUAUGCCUUGAUAAUACAAAAGUUUAUGACAAUACAACUAGUUCUUGUGUUCCUUGCCCGACUGGACAGUAUGCUCAGGAAGGUGAAUGCAUGCCAUGCCAGUCUGGCUGUACAUGCUCAGGUUCUAAUGAAUGUGAAGCAUGCCUUCCGGGCCUUCAUUUAUCAGCAAACUCAGACAAUUGUGUAUGUGAUGAAGCCUUUACAAUUUUUAAUCCAACUAAGGGCUCUUGUGCAAGUUGUGAUCCUAGCCAGCCUGCAUGUGAUAAUAAUUGCAUUUUAGGAUGCGAAGUAUGCUCAGAUUAUCAAACGUGCAAAAAAUGUUUUGGAGACGAAGAGUUAGUUAAUGGAGUAUGCAUCUGUAAAGAUCAUACGAAAACAUUUAACCCUACUAGCUCCCCCCUUCGAGAACGAACAAAACCAAUGAAAAAAUCCUUAUUUUUUGCCCAAAAACCCACUCUCUGUAAGCAAACAAAAAUUUUUUUAAUAUAAAAAAAAUUUGAUAUAUAAGUGUUAAUUAUUAUAAUGAAAUUUCUCACUAAUUCUGUUUAAUUUUAAACAGCUUGCUUUUUAAAACAUAAAUUUACAAAUUGAAUUUAUUUUUGUUUCUCGAUUUUUAAAAAUUGGAAUUUUUUUAAAUUUCGACACAAAAAAUUUUUUAAAAAAAAAAUUACCCGCUUUCUUGAGCGAACAAAAUUUUUUUGUUGCUCGCGGAACGGGGAGUAAGAAAGGAUGUACUGGGGUUAGUUCUGCAAAGGGGCUAGCUUUGGUUUGGAUUUUGACUCUUUAUGUGGCCAUUUAA